GUGUCUGCUAGCAAGGGAUCGAGAGUAGGGUCACGGCGGCCCGAGGAGACGAGCAAUGCAAACAGGGGAAAGGAGAGGCAUGGUAUCAACACGUAGGCUUGGCAUGGCGGGACAGGGGGAGGGGGCGUGAUGUCUCCCCGCCCACCCCCUCAGUCCUGCGAUACGUUUGUUGUCUUGUCGGACCUCACCAAGGGUGGCCACGUUGUCUUUGGCAAGAACUCGGACCGGCCACAGCAUGAGGUGCAGGAGAUAAUUUACUGUGCAGCAGCUGAUCAUGAUGCAGGCAGCAAGGUGCAGUGUACAUACAUAGAGGUGGAACAAGUGGAGCACACUCAUGCAGUGAUCCUAAGCAAGCCAUCAUGGAUGUGGGCAGAGAUGGGUGCCAAUGAGCAUGGGGUGUGCGUAGGCAAUGAAGCAGUGUGGACCAAGCUGCUGGACGACUCUGAUCAGGAGGAGCGGUUGCUGGGCAUGGAUAUGGUGAGACUAGCCCUGGAGCGCAGUACAUCAGCAGUGAAUGCAGUGGAGGUGCUCACUGGCCUGCUGGAGGGUCACGGGCAAGGUGGUGCCUGCUCUGAAGAUGAACCAGACAUGUGCUACCACAACAGCUUCAUCAUUGCAGAUGCCACCGAGGCCUGGGUGCUGGAAACUGCCGGACAGUACUGGGCAGCAGAGCAUAUCAAGAGUGGCUACAGAAACAUCAGCAAUGCACUCAGCAUUGGGACCAAAAUUGACCGCAUGAGUGAGGGGCUGCCAGCAGUGGCUCAGGAGAAGGGCUUCUGGGAUGGUAGCGGAGACUUUGACUUCAGUAAGGCUUUUGGGGUGAGCGAGGACUAUGCUGGCGGCAGGAAAGAGUGCGGCGAGAAACUGCUGGCCAAGCUAACUAAAGGAGGUGACUUUUCCUUGACACAAAUGUUUGAGGUGUUGAGAGACGAGGAGUCAGGAAUAUCACGCGGCACAGACCACAAACACCCAACUGCUGGGAGUAUGGUGUCGGUGGUGAGCCAGGGUGAAGGUCGGCCAAGUUGCCACUGGUUCACUGGCACCCCAGACCCCUGCCGCUCAGUCUUCAAGCCCUUCAUCUUCACCAACAAUGUGAAGAUCUCGCCACACAUUCAGAGCCCCCACAUACCUGAGGACCAGGACCCUGCCAAGGUGGUGCCACGGUUUGCCUCCAAGGUGAACCGGACCCACUUGCUGUACCGGCGGCAGCAGCAGGCGAUGGCCUCAGGAGACAGCAGCAUCUGGGGCACCCUGAGGCAGCUGGAGGAGAAGUGUGUGCAGGAGACUGAGACGGUUCUGGAGAGCUUUGACCCUGAGAGGCUAUCAGAGAUGGAUGACCUUCUCAAGGAUUGCAUUGAUUCUGAGCUCAAGUUUUACAAGUAAUUGGAAAGUGUUCUUUGGGCAUUGCCGGCAGCCUAGCCUAGAGACGAGGGUUUUCUCUGGGCCUUCCUCAUUUCCGUUCCCCUCCCAUAUUCCAACUUCUCCCAAAUCCUUUUUCUCCUCGGGCUCCCUCGUCUCCGCUCAUUCCUGAGGCACCGGCAGUUCAUAGUAAUAAGUAGUGUUGUCAUUGGCAGUUUGGUAAGGCAUAGUUUUUUUUUUUUUUUCUGUUUCUUUUAUGAGGACAAUUCCUCAUCAGUAGAGAGCAUUUCCAGUGGGCGCCCGGCUGCCAUUACCACGCUAGUUUUGUUUUUCGGCAGACUAGAAAUUGAAGAUAAACUCUUGUCAUUGAGUACUUACUGCCUUAUCCCAAUAUCCCCAACACCACAUUCUGUAACCCUCCCUUUCUCCCCACUCCUGACCACCAUGAGUUCUUCCAGCAUAUUCCUGAGCAUUUUCUUGAGUGUUCCAGCAGUAAACCCAUUUUUUAUACUACUGUGCUUAGUGAUGUAAGGACUCUUGAGCAGACCAGACUUGCUUAGGGAUGAAUCACAGUCAAGGGGCCAUGUGGCAAGACUGUCUCACUGAGGUUAUAUCAGAAAUUGGCUGCAAACACUCCACCAAAUUAAUCAUGGAGGCAGUAGAGACUUUACACAUUAGUUGAUUAACUUAAAAGGGAAAAAAUAUGUAGGAGCUCUCUGAAAAAUGAUCUGCGGUACUUAUGUAGAAAAAGGGAACCAUGGCAGUUGAAUUGUAGUGAAUGUGAGGAAAAGGAUAAGCAGUCAGAUUGUCAGCUCCAGUUCAUGCUCCUUCUGUAUGGUAGCUGAAGAGUAAGGAGUAACCUCUAGGGAGCAUGAUAGAGGCAAGAACGAGCAGUGUCUCUGUAAAGAAUGCAGGGUGAAAGAUAAUUAAGGCUGCCUCUGCUUAUUUUCUUGUGAUGCUUAGGAAAUAAUUCAGUGAAUUGCUGUGUGUAUUAAACCUAUGUAUGUGUCUGGAGAAUGUUUAGGUGAGUGAGCUCUUGACUCACUCUUGAUAGCUGAGAAGGAAUUUGAAUUUUUUAUGUUUUUGUAUAUUUGUUUCUUUAUGUGAUGUGAGCUGAAUGAUCUUGAAAGUUUAUUCUUGCUUAUUUGUGAUGAUUGAAGAAAAGAACUUGUGUAAUUUGUAAUUUUGUUCAAUUUCUUACUACUGUGCUUACUUUGGGAAUUUAUUAAUGAAUAAUGUAAAAAUUGUGAUAUCUACUUGUUUACUUUUGAUGAUCUAGAAGCAAAUUAUUGAUGCAUUAUUUGUCAUUACUAUACCUUUCUUUGUAUUUGUUUAACUUGUUUGCAUAAUUUUUGGGACAUGGAUGAUCUUGAAACUAUCUUCCUAUUACCUCUUUUGUGCUUAAGAAGAAAGAAUUUUGAGAAUUAUUUGGCUUUUUUUUUUAUAUAUUUUCUUUAUUUUUUUUUAGAUGUGUGUAUACCAGACAAGAGACAUAAGGAGAAAGACUCAAGUUCAAGUUGAUCUUACUCAUAUCCUGAGUGAAUAUUUCUCUUGUUUUCCUUUAUGUUACUUUGUCAGCUGGAUCUUAACACAAAUGAAUUCCCUGCCUCAUUUUGAUAGCUAUGAUGAGAAAACUCCCAGUGACUUACCCUUGGUGAUUCAAUGAUUGGGAUGGAGAAAUGUUGCAUUGGUUAACUUUGUCAUGACUGGAUGACUAGCAUGAAGGAGGAUUGUGAAAAUUAAUUUAGUCAUGAUUGGCAUUUUUACAGAUGCUCCAGCUCACUUGUAUCAUUAAGCACUUCUGUGCACCUCAACUCUACCCAAGUUCUAGCCAUAGAUUUUCCUCUCCCAAAAAUUGAAUCCAGAAUAAUUUCUUCCCAUGACAAAUUCUUCCUGCUCAGGCUAACAUGGGAACAGUUUUUUGUGAUGGACUAUUUUGUAUGGGAAACUUUACUUGUUUGGAACUAUUGGUAAACAGAAUAGAGAUACUCACAAGACAUUGGUCCAUAAGAUAAGAAUGAACUGAUGAGGUUGCAAGGUGCAUGGGUUGGAAUGAUCUUGGAGUUAAAAACUACUUAUAUAGUAUUAUAGUUACAUUUUAAUCUAUAUAAAAAGACAUUGGGAACUCUAUGGGUGAUAAUGCAUGACCAAAGAAUAUUAUAGAGUCAGCCUGUUGCUGCUGACAACCAUGAUUCCUCUAAUGAGGAUCUUUUUGGUGUGAUCUAGUGACAUGCUUGAGGGGAGAGGUUGGAAAGAUGGUAAUGGAUUCCUCACUGAUUUGAAUGAUCCAUAGAAAAGCAUUAUGUAUGAUGGUUCAAAGAGAGAUGCUAAACAACUGGCUAUUAAUUCAUGAUGAUUUAAAAGACAGAGGGAAAUAAGUUAGUAAUUUAGCUAAUAUGUUGGUACUAUUAUGGUUUCAUUCAUUUGUCAUAUCUUUGUGUCAUUCAUCAGGUGUGUGCAUCUCUUAACCCGUGCGAGAGUGAGAUGUAAGUCUGCUAUACUGUUGAAGUUUUGUUACCAGUAUUUAGAAUGGCAGUUGUUUUCAAAUUAUCAAAUUGGAUAAAAUGUACAUGUGUCUGGCAUUCAUGUAUUCUUUGUUGUUGGAGAACAAUGAUAAAAGAGUGAUUAAUGCACAAUUUGGAGUUCACAGUGUGAGCGAUGAAAUACACUGGUAUUAAGUUUCUAUGUAAGGUGAGAUGAAUGAGUUCAUACAUUAGUCAAGUGUUAUAUCUGUCAACUUUGACCAACAAUGGUGGAUGUGAAAAAUAUUAGCAAUGUGGAGGUAAUGAUAGUUUUAGUUAGACAUUUUUAAUUUUUAAAAUCUAAUCAGCAGUAGACAUGGAAAAUAUUGCAUGAAAUCAUAGAGCUUUGAUAAACUGUCAUAGUAGUGUUUGCUUGUCUGGACAUGAAAAGUGUAAAGUAUAUCAAGUAAAAUUACAUUAGAUUAGUGUGUAGCUUACAGUCUUUUUUAUUUAUACAUAAGGAGUUGGCUUUGGGUUGAUAGGAACACUAAGGGAAUGUCAAAAUCAGUUUCCAAAUCCAAGUAGAUGCUAUAAUUUGAAUUAAUUUAUUUUUAUAUGAAUAAGGAAAGAGCAAGACAAGGUGUAAAGAUGAAUUGUUAGAGGUCAUGUUAAUGGGGCUGCUUUUAUAGUGCUGAGGAAUGCUGGACAGGCAGGUAUGUAUUGAUUAACCCUAACUGUCACUUUUAGGUCCCCUGUGUCCCUCCUUCCAUAAUAGAGUGAUCCUCACACAAGCACAGCCCUAGGAGAGGCAGAGAGCAGGGAACAUGUAAUUUGUUAUGCUGAGUGCCAAUCCUGAACCCAUUAGUGUUGAUAGGAAGGAAGAUUUUAGAUAUUUGAAUCCACUUGAACACAUUCAUUGUGCAGUUGUGAUAAUGUUUUGUAGAGCAGCAACCAAUCACUUCACAAGAGAGCAGCUGGUAAAAAUAUUGGAUGAUUGUGGUGGAUGCAAACAUCUCUCAUUGAGAUGCAUAUUGGCUAGACAGCUCAGGAUGGUGGUAUUUCUGGCAAAUUAUAAAAGUAUUGCUACUAUUAUAUAAGUGUUGGGUACUUAAGAACGAGUAGGGAAACAUUAUUUGAAAGUAUUCAAAGAGUAACAUUGUACUGAGAGAAUGUUUGCUCAUCAGUGAUCCUGUAUGUUAAAGAAUCAUUGCCAAUGUAAGGAAACAUUACCAAAAAAUAUUUGUUUAAUAUUGAUUUAUGAGUGCAGGCAAGAUCUGUAAUAAAGGUAUUUACAGAAUGAAAUAACCUUAUCAGUAAAUCUUCAUAAACGUUAGGGAACUAUGAAAAAGUAUUCAGCGUAACAUUAUGGUCUGAGAGAUGGUCUCUGUAUGAUUAAAAGUACCUAGUGAAAUUACCCUUGUGAAUAUAGGUAGGGGUUCUCAGAAGGAGCCUUUAUACAUGUAGAAGUGUGCACUGUUUUAAGGGACCUCUAGAAGUGUAAGGGUUGUUUUGUAACGACUUUAUAGCAACAGUCUGGCACUUGACCUUCCUCCUUCUCUCCCUUACUCCCACACUUUGUCACUUCUUCCUUCCCUCCUUCUUUCCUUUGUUCCAGUGAGUAGAAACCAAAGACUUGGGUGAUAUUGUACUAUUAAGACUGCAUUUUUGUAUUAGGCUUAUUGUUCAUUUCAUUCAUUUAGCUACAUACCAUCUGUACUUGUUACUCCACGUAUAUCUUUUCCCUGCUUCAGGCUUCCUGCUUGUUUCUUGCUGUUCCAGUUGGAAAAGAUGCAUAGUAGGUAUGUAUUGCAAUGUUUAUAAAGGGAGAAAAUUAAAAGUGGAAAAGGGAAAAUAUUAAACACACUGCUUUGCCUGGCGUAAUUUUAAACAUAAAUGCGUAAAUCAUUGCACCCCCCCUCACGGCUAUCACCAAGAAUUUGUAAUGUAGUCGUAAAUUUUGUGCUUGUUUCUCUUAAUUACAUAGAAUAUGAUAAAUACAAUUACAACAAUAAAAAAGAAAAGAAAGAAUGAAUAACUGAAGAUGAUGAUAUCUGCAAUAUCUGUAUAUUAUUAGCAUUACGGCAACACAUUAUUGUCUCGUAAACUACAUCAAGGUGGUGGGGUAGUGCUUUAUCUGGCACAACUAUACUUUCUCUCUCUCUCUCUCUCUCUCUCUCUCUCUCUCUCUCUCUCUCUCUCUCUCUCUCUCUCUCUCUCUCUCAUACACACACACACACACACACACACACAAAAAAAAUAAAUUAAAAGAAAAUAAGAAAACCCUCAACAAUGGGAUACUUUGCAAAUGUUCUCUGUAUUUUGUACUUUUAUGUCAUCAUUAUGUUAAUGACAUUCUGAGAGGCAGGUGUAACUAAGUUUUGGAGGUGGAAAUGAAUUAGGUCUUAUGAGAGUAUGAGAAUUUAAGUGUCUUAUCAUGUUAGUACAUGUACAUUCUUUCACCCUUCUUAAACCUGCACUGAAUGUAAUGCUGGAAUUGCAUUUUGGUUUCCUGUAUCAGAAUGUGUGGUUUGAAUCAAGUCUUGGAAUUAGUUUUGAUAUCAGAUUUUUUAGGGGUAAUUUGAGUCAAUAAGGAAUAUUCACAUGGAUCAAAUUGCUACAAAAAGUUCUUGACUUUUGAUUACAUUUGGUCUAAUUACAACUUUUCUUGGAUGAAUAAUGAGCUGAUGAAUUUUUUUUUGUCACGUUUAAUUCUUAUGGUGAUAGUGCAUCAGGACUCCUUAUCAAGUGUGGCUAAAACUGCAUGUGUUUGAUAUUAAGUUAUUUGAUUAGAAUGGAUUUUAGAAUGAGGUUAGUAUGCUAGUGCAGAGAUUUGAAGUUAUGGUUCAAGUACACCUGAUGCAAGACAUGUCAUUCACAUAAUAUAAUCCAUAUCCGUGGUUUAGGAUUGAUUCCUUUAAAAAAAGUUGUCUCAUGGAAAAUGAAUAUGUAUGCAUGUAUGCUCCAUAAGAUAAUCAUUGCAUGAAUUCACAGCAUAUUUUUGUAUCCACUGUACUUUGUUUGUAAUUUUCAAUUAUGUAUUCAGGAUUUUGGUCUUGUGAAAGUUAGGCACAUAAGCACAUUGAGAAAUAACAAAUGCAUGAUGUCACCAUGUUUAUUGAUUUAUGUAUUGAUUACAUUGUAUGAGUGAAGCACCAAGCUAAUAAUUGACUACAUGUGACAAUGAACAGUACCUAUUCUUCUCUUGGAAUGCUAAUAACAAAGUACUAAAAGCUUAAUUUGACUAACCAUAAAUGAUUCUAUUUCACAAUAUAAUACAGCCACUGAACACUGAAUUAAUCCAUCGCUCCAGUUCAUGUAUAUGUGAUUCUUCCAAAGUUAAGGAGAAAAUUUAAUGCGCUUUAUUAUUAUUACUAUUAUUAUUAUUAUUUGGUAAGGUAUAUCAGUUGAAGAAUUAAGACAUGAAACUUCACUGGUUCACUAUGUACUGUAUUUUACAACAUAUAGUACAUUAUAUACUUAUGUACUUGUUACUUACACACCACCCACAGCUCACCAGGCAAUGUAUUAUGAGCUGCUAAUGCUGAAUUACACUCUGACAGUGGUUUUUGGAGUCUGUUACCAUCGUUAUUAUUGUUAUUUUGCUAAACUGCAAUUUUUUUUAUUAUGUGGUCUCUCUCUCUCUCUCUUUUUCCAGUGACACACACACACACACACACACACACUGUGUAAUCACAGCACGCUGCCUGGUCACAAACAAGUUAAUUCAAGCAGAAGUUUAAGGUAACUAUGAAAUUCACCAGUGUACCAUUCACGAAUAUUUCCACAGCAAGUUUUGAUUACCAUUGUCACCCUUUUGGAAAAGUCACUUACAUGCUGAAGAAAAUGCUGUUAUUAAAAGGAAGUAUUUCCCCACAUAAGUACUCCAUAUUUUUCAGGUACAACCUCCAUAUAAGUACCAAUUGCACCAUAUCACUUAAGAGAAAAAUUGAAAUAAAAAGAAAUCCAUAGAA